AUGUGUUGUAACUACUACGGCAACUCCUGUGGCUACGGCUGUGGCCUGGGCUGUGGCUAUGGCCCCUAUUAUGGCUGUGGCUAUGGCUGUGGAUAUGGGUCUCACUAUGGCUGUGGCCUGGGCUGUGGUUAUGGCUGUGGGUACGGCUCUGGCUGUGGCUACGGAUGCUGUGGCUACCGGCCCUAUGCCUUCAGAAGAUGUUAUUCUUCUUGCUGCUAG